AUGGCGCUGGAGCAGGCGCAGGCCGACGGCCCCGCCGCCGCCCCGGCCCCGCCGCGUCUCAGCGAGCCCGGCCCCGCCGCGCCGCCCGGCAGCGGGAGCGCCCUCGCCGCCCCGGAGAGCCCCGGCGAGGCGGCGCCGGGCGGUCCCGGCGGAGAGGCGGAGCCGGCGGCCGCCCCCGGCCAGGCCCCGACGCUGCCCGGCGGCGAGGGGGAGCCUGGACCCGGCGGCCUGGAGGCCGCGGGGCAGAGCGGCGGGGAGGCGGAGGAGCCCGACGCGGAGGCGGCCCCCGCCAGGCCCUCGCAGAACAUCGCGGUGCAGACUGACUUCAAGACGGCCGAUACGGACGUGAACACGGAUCAGGAUAUCGAGAAGAACUUGGACAAAAUGAUGUCCGAGAGGGCUUUGUUGAAGGAGCGUUACCAGGAGGUGCUGGACAAACAGAGGCAAGUGGAGAAUCAGCUGCAGGUACAGCUUAAGCAGCUUCAGCAGCGGAGGGAAGAGGAGAUGAAGAACCACCAGGAGAUCCUGAAAGCAAUUCAGGAUGUUACGAUCAAGCGAGAAGAGACAAAGAAGAAGAUGGAGAAAGAAAAGAAAGAAUUCUUGCAGAAAGAGCAGGAUCUGAAAGCAGAAAUUGAGAAACUCUGUGAGAAAGGCAGAAGGUUGCUGAAAGAGCAGGAGGAGAAGGAAAACAAGAUUGCUUCUCUGAUUGCAGAGCAGUCUGAUGAAAAGCAGCUGUGGGAGAUGGAGCUGGAUAAACUGAAGAACCAGCACAAUGAAAUCAACAGGAACAUUCUGGAGGAGACAGAACGGGCCUGGAAAGCAGAGAUCCUCUCCCUGGAGAGCCGAAAGGAGCUGCUGGUGUUGAAACUAGAAGAAGCAGAAAAGGAAGCAGAGCUACACCUCACCUACCUCAAGUCUGCACCGCCCACGCUGGAGACGAUGAGGCCAAAGCAAGAGUGGGAGAUGAGGCUGAACAGGAUACGAAUGACCAAGGAGAGUGUCCGAGAUCAGUUCAACGACCACAUUCAGAUGGUGAGAAAUGGAACAAAGCUGAGCAGCCUCCCACAGAUCCCAACCCCAACGCUGCCACCUCCGCCCUCAGAAACAGAUUUCAUGCUGACGGCAUUCCAGCCCAACCCAUCCCUUACGCCCAGGCUCCCGUUUCCCAUCGGACCAGUUCCCGUUCCCAUGGUCAUGCCAAGUGCCGAUCCUCGGGCACUCUCUUUUCCUCUCCUGAACCCUGCGAUCUCCAGGCCCAACCAGCCUUCCCCGCCGCUGCCUGCUUCCCAAGGAAGAAACAGCCCAGUAGUGGCAUCGCUUAUUGGCACGCACAGCCCUCACAUGACUCCCGCUGCCUCCAUCCCUCCGCCGCCGGGCCUGGGAGGAGUUAACGUCACUCCAGAGUUUCACAGGCUGCAGCCAGCCGAUAAGCUGGAAAAGCUGCUGGAGAAGUUGUUGACUCGGUUUCCACAGUGCAACAAGGCCCAGCUCACCAACAUACUGCAGCAGAUCAAGACUGCUCGGAGGACCAUGGCGGGUCUGACCAUGGAGGAGCUGAACCAGCUGGUGGCGGCCAAGCUGGCGGAGCAGCAGGAGCGGGCAGCGGCCGGGGCUCAGCCUCUCAGUCGAAUCAGAGCCCCCAUGUUCUCUGCUCCGCUGCCUCAGAUCAGCACGCCCAUGUUCCUGCCCCCGGCCCAGGUGGCUUACCCUGGAACAGCGUCACAUACCCCGGCUGCCUGUAAGCUGUGUCUAAUGUGCCAGAAGCUCGUGCAGCCCGGUGACCUUCACCCCAUGGCCUGCUCGCACGUGCUGCACAAGGAGUGCAUCAAAUUCUGGGCACAAACCAACACAAAUGACACUUGCCCCUUUUGCCCAAGUCUCAAAUGACGGCUACUCGAACAAAGCGGUCCCACACGAGGAGUUGCUGUGAAUAGACAGGAUCAGUUCUAAGAUUUCUACAGUUCUAUAUUUAUACGACCAUGUAUACACAUGUACAUUUUUAUUAUAUAGGUAAUGGUGUGUAUAGAAAGUCUGUAUACAUACAAAUUCAUAAAUAAAGUGUGUAUAUUAUGCAGUGA